AUGUGGAUGAACAUGGGUUACUGGGAGGCUAACCGUAACGUUCAACUUCCUGAAGCAUGCAAGGCAUUGCUAGAAAAGGUCCUAGAGGCCGCUGGUCUUGAUAUCAAAAGUAAAGAAGGGGAAGAGAGAAUACUGGGAGAUUCAAAUACCAAAAGGAGGAGAGUACUACUAGACCUUGGAUUCGGAUGUGGAGAGCAGACCAUGCAUCUUAUGAUGAAUCCUGCAAGGUCAUCAUCGCCGAUAUUUGACGAAUAUAUCGGCAUUACGCUUGAUAAAGUACAGCAUGGAUUUGCUCAGAGCCGAUUGCAGCAGAAAGUAAUGCAGAAGAAACAACAAGAAUCUAGCACCGAAAUUCCUAACAUUGCCCUGUUCUGCGCCGAUGGUGCUCAACCCUCAACCUGGUCUGAAGAGCUAAAACAAACCGUCUUCAAUGCAUUCUCAAGAGAUGAUUACAAUGACGAUAUGGAACGAUAUGUCAUGGGUCUAGACACUUUAUACCAUUUCCAUCCUUCGCGGAGGGAGAUAUUCGAGCACACGCACUCUACGCUCCACGCAAACUUAUUGGCAUUUGACCUCUUUCUCGCUCCGCCGAAUUCCUCGGGCCUGAAGCGGACUAUAAACACGCUAUUCCUCCGUCUCCUGACACCUGCCCUCGGCGCCCCAUUUGGCAAUUUCGUCUCAUCAGCGGCGUAUAGAAAUAUGCUGGAAAAAGCUGGAUAUAAAACGGAGAACAUUAUCAUUCAGGACAUUACCGACCAUGUAUUUACAGGGCUAGCUACAUUUUUGGAGAAAAGAUGUCAGGAUAUGGCUAAAAUGGGGCUAGGUGGUUAUACUAAGUGGCAGGUUGCUGGAUGGUUGUUCAGGUGGUUAAGUAAUGGGGGCAUCCUUAGAGCUGGGAUUAUUGUUGCAAAGAGGGACUGA